UGAAUCGUAAGGCGAGAGUCGCGACGUCUGUUGUAGUUAUCAAAGACAACACAAACUGACAAAACAUAUGACAAACAAUACAUGUGUUUAGCCAUUGAUUGAGUGCCGCAAACAAUGGCCACAACGGGUCACUCAGACAUCGGGGAUGUCGUCGAAGAACAGGUCGUUUGCAUCGACUUCUGCGCUCCGAUUGACACCAAUUUAUUGGACUCAAAGUCAAUCAAAUUACUCGGUUUGGAUGACAAUGAAGUGAUACUUCAGAUAUCGGGAAAUACAUUCUUUAGCGGCGAAAUGCAACACAUCGUCGGCACUCAUCUGGUAUUUGAUAUUAAAGACAAACCAACAAAAGGUAGUCAACACUGCAAACAGUCGCCUAAAGAUAGAGAAGAAGACCACAACGACAGACAUCAAUCGGUGGACUUUUUGGCCAAAUGUGACCUCAAAAUACCGAUGAAAAGGAUUUUUCUUGAGCCGAGAACUGAAUCGACAACAACGGCUACGACAACAACACAUGAGAGCUAACGGUAAUAAUAGUGACACCAAUGAUGACUAUCAAAGACAAUCAAAUUAUCACUUGUUUUCGUCAUUUAAUAAAUUAU